GAUCGAUCCACUGCUUACAUAAAUUCCCAUCCGCGGUUUGUCACGGCCGCCGGUGCAACCGCAGCAACACCGCCGUUGCAGACUUGACCCGGUUACGCGAAGCAUGCAACCCCGUUUCUCCGAACGACAAGCGGUCUGCUACGUGCAUAGCUCUUGAGAGGCGGCUGGCCAGGCUGGAAGCCUGCCUCCUCGACCAAGAACACCACCCCCGGCCGACUGCCUGAAUCGUGUUUCUCGCGGUCGGUGUGAGUUGUGUGAACGGGGUUGCGAACGACGGUGCCUCGCCGCCCACCCGACCAGCGCUGGCCUUGCGCGUGUGCUUCUUCCCUAUUAUUUCCCGAUGGACUCGAAUGAAGACUCGCAGGCUACGCAACCAGCUACCCAAAAUGCCUUGGAUCCCAGGAGGGUUGGAAAGCAGAACUCGGGAUUCUCCGACGAAGACAUCUCCGAUAUAAUCUGCUUGCUCUAUCCCAAUUCCGACGGCGCGAGUCGCGAAGUAAAAAAGAUCGCCUCCUCCCCCGAAUACGCCCUCCAUACCACCGGGAGGUACACUGCCGACGCCAUCGACUCGGAUCUAUACCUCGAGGACGACGCUCGGGAGUUUGGUCGGACUCGAGGAAUCGGCGACCAUGCCCUGGUAAUCAAAUUAUCCUCUGUCCUCAAGAAUCCCCGUCUAGGCUUCACCUUUGGCCGCAACCGCACCCGGUGUGAUCUCUGCUUCGCGUACGAUCCGAGCAAGCGGCUCAGCAAUAUCCACUUUCGCAUAUUCGUGAACAGGCACGGCAGCGUCAUGCUAGAAGACCAGUCGACAAACGGCACUGUCGUGGACAAUAAGUUGCUCCGGAAGAGGAGCGAUCCUCAGAAGUCGGGCCAGCUCGGCCCUACCAAGAGGGUUCUAGAGAGCGGCUCUACCAUCAAGAUCGUUAUGCAUCAGAAUGCGAGCGAUCUCGUGUUCCUCGUCCGCAUUCCUCGCCGGGAUGGCGACCAUGAGACGGCGUAUCGGAAGAGGUUGGAGGCGUACCUGCGACGGUCGCACCACGACGACGACAAUAACGACGACCCCAACAAGACAAUCGGACCCGGGCCAAGCGGCCAUGUCAAUCUGUUCCCGCCUCCACGGGACGGGCGCAGGACUGUCGAUAAUCGCUGGGACAUAUCUCAGGAACCCACCCAACGCCUGCCCCGGGAAUGGCGCGUGAUCGGGAAGGGCGCUUUCGCCACCGUCCAUAAGGUGACCUCGAAAUACGACGGAUCGCCUUACGCGGCGAAGGAGCUAGAUAAACGCCGAUUUAUGAAGAAUGGCGUUCUGGACCAGAAGGUUGAGAAUGAGAUGAAAAUCAUGCAAAAGGUCCACCACCCCAACAUUGUCAAGUAUAUCGAGCAUUUCGACUGGGACCUGCACCAAUUCUUCAUCGUCAUGGAAUAUGUUCCCGGGGGCGACCUGGGCAGGUUUGUUCAAGAACACGGCGCCAUCGCAGAAGCCCACGUGAAGGUCAUGGCUGAGCAGCUGCUCGGCGCGCUCGGGUACUUACACGAUAACAAGAUCACUCAUCGCGACGUGAAGCCCGAUAAUAUACUAAUACAGUCGACGAAUCCUCUGGUUGUCAAGCUAACAGAUUUCGGCUUGUCCAAGAUGAUUGACACGGAACAGACCUAUCUGAAAACGUUCUGUGGGACUCUCCUGUACUGUGCACCGGAAGUCUACAGCGAAUAUUCCUCGUAUGACGACAACGGUAGGCGCACGCAGAGGAGAGGCCACAGGGCUGUGGAUAGGGAGAGGUACGACCACGCUAUAGACAUAUGGUCUCUUGGCGGCGUGCUGUUCUACGCCCUCGCCAACAGCCCGCCUUUUCCAGUUAAGAACGGGAUCGCAUACACGGAGCUGCUGGAUCACAUCAUCAAGACACCGCUUAACGUAUCGCCAUUGUUGCAAUACGGCGUUUCUAGAAACGGCAUCCACUUCCUAACGAGAAUGAUCCACGUACGACCGGAGACCAGGGCCUCGAUCUCAGAGCUCCAGGCACACCCGUGGUUGACGGGCGGAGCGAACCCCGCCGGUUCUAUCUCUGCCGACGAGGAAUUGGGGCAGGGGGCUUCGCAACUCAGCCUCGACGAUAGAUACGACGGCCAACUUACCGACCCCAAUGUAAGUUCUCUGCUGGAGCCCGACCCUGACUUUUCUGUCGACUGCGAGUCGGAGAAAGAGAAUUACACCUUUGGACUGGCCCGACCGAACAGGUUGUUCGGGGAAGUAAACGUAUCGGCAAUCGGCAGCUCGGGCGCCAUCACGGAAGACCGCCUAAACCUCUCCGCCCCAGACCAAAACAUCAGAGAGGCUGACACGCUAGAGACCGAGAUUCUCGAUAGCUUCGAGGAGUCGGGGGAUCUUUCUACGCCUAGACAAACCCGCCCACCAAGCCACGAUAUCCUAUCAAUCAGCGAUGAUUCAUCCCAAGAUUUUACGAGUAGUGUCGUGUUGGGAAUGACCGGGGCGCAUUCUCAGAGCCUCGGCGGUGCCUCUUCGAUCCUGGGAAAUUUGAAUGUCAGAUCUUUAGCCAGCGGCGACCUGAGUUUCGAAUCUAGGACCGGAGACUUGACCACCAGCAAGAGGAAGCCCGCCUACGAUACGAGCGACGAGUACGGGGCGAUCGCGGUCGAGGUAAAGCCGUCGAUCAAGAGGCUCAAGUCGCAAGGUGACGUCACAUUCUCCGGCACCGAAGACGAAAUCGGUCUGCUCGCAUCCGUCCCACAGGUUGCGAAAAAUGAAUCGGGUCGUCAAAUCGACUACCCCCUUCCCAAGACGACGUUCUGGGAUAGUUCUAACAAAGACACAUGGCACCUCGACUAUCCUGAGAUGACCCAUCUUCAGUACAAUGCUUUCGAGCUUGCUGCCGAGAAGAGGAAGGAAGAGUUCAGCCCGGGGAAAUCCCGACUUUGGGACCUCGCGAUGAGAAAUUUCCCGCCUACGCCUAGUCGACAGCAACCCAAGGGGACCGGCAGGGCCCUCGCGCUGCGUCCUGCCGGACUCGGACGCGACGGCCGGCUAGCUGACGAAGCUGCCGUCAAAUGGGACGCAGCACAGAAGGCUUCGCCCAUUAUCGAAGAGGAAUUAGAGUCGAUUCCCGAUACGCUUCCUCCCGAGACUCAGACACCCCCAGCCACGCCAGCUACGGAGCUGCCGAAAGCCGUCGCGGCAUUUUACUCGGCCCAGGGGUCGUUAGUACCCGGAAUAGCGAUCCGCCUAAAAGACCCCGUCGUCUCGUGGGGACGGGACCGCAACAACACGGUUGUCUACGAGCCAGUCGCUGAAUCUAAGGUUCCCAAGAACGCGUUCAGGGUCAUGUUAUGGAGGGAUGGCUACACAGCGUCUUUCGACGAAUUUCGCCCCUGGGACCCUAGUCGAUCGGUGGUUAGCCGUACCAUGCGUGCGUCUCCGGAGCCAGACUCGUACGCUUUCUACAUAUCAACGAAGGCCACGAACGGAAUACGAAUUAACAAUAGUCCUCUGCAGCCCAACGAGCCGAAGGACAGCACCGCCGCUUGCAGAUAUUGGGUGAAGCUGUAUCACGGCGACACGAUAGUCUUCUGGGGAACCGAGAACGUGCACAGCCAGGCAAAGCUCACUUUCGAGUGCUAUUGGGGUGGGUCUUCAGGGGCAAGGCCAGCAAACGAGCCUCCCAUCUGCAUACCCGAGCCACAAGCCCGCAAACUUGACCGCCUCUGGCCCAAAGCCGUGACGACGCUUCACUACGAUCAAAUUAAGGCCGAAGCGCAGCGCGACCAGGAGACCAGAAUGAGGCAUAUGGACCAAGAACUGGAGCGUAGUCGUGUUUUCGAGCAGAAGCGGGCCGAGGCAGUCAAAGCCCUUGCCGCCCUCGCCUCCCGCCAAACUUCACCGGUCAGCGCAACUCCGGCCAUCGGGAGAGCAGCCUACCCGCUCUUCCACCAAUAUCAAUCGUCGUAUCUUCAAAGUAGCGGUUAG